AUGCUUCUCCUUCCAUUUCUGCUGCUUGAGCUACUCGUGCCCGUUGUGUUGGGAUGGCAGGUUCCAUUCCUCCAUUCCUCGCGGCAGUCGGAGCUGCUCCGUGUAGCAAUCAUCGGCGCCGGAGCAGCCGGCUCUUCAUCCGCCUACCACCUCCGUAAAUUCCACAAAGAAUCAGGUCUCUCCCCCGACUCCCUCGCGAUCACAAUCUAUGAGAAAUCCGACCAUGUCGGCGGCCGCAGCACAACCGUAAACGUCCUCGAUGACCCCAAUGAGCCCGUCGAGUUAGGCGCCUCGAUCUUCGUACGGUUGAAUGAGAUAUUGUAUAAUGCUACUCGCGAGUUUAAACUCCGCACUACAGACAGCGAACCGGUCCUCGCAACUCUGCCCGACACCCUCGCAAUCUGGGAUGGUGCCAGCUUCGUGUAUAUGCAGUCUGAUGCGGAUUCGGAGAAAUGGACAUGGGCGAAGCUGGUGUGGAAGUAUGGUGUCCGUGCCUUAUGGAACACGAAAAAGGCUCGGGAUAAUGUCGUAAAGGGUUUCCAGGGGAUGUAUGCCCCCCCGUAUUUCCCUUUCUCCAACCUCACCUCCACCGUCCACGCUCUCGAACUCGACGAAGCCACCGGGACUACGGGUGCAGAGUUUCUGAGAAACCACGGAAUUGAACCAGAGAAGACGGGGAGUUUCGGACAUGAUCUGAUUCAGGCUUCGACAAGGGUUAAUUAUGCGCAGAAUUUGGGUGAGCUACAUGGGCUCGCUACGAUGGUUUGUAUGGCGACGGAGGGGGCGAUGAGUGUCGUUGGUGGGAAUUGGCGAAUAUUCGAUGAGAUGGUACGAGCCUCUCGAGCAGACCUUAAGCUGGGAGUGGAAGUGGAGAGGGUGCAGAGGAGGAAGGAUUGGUUAGGGGGAGGAGCAAAGUGGAUUGUUACGGAUCAACAAGGCGGAGAAGGCAUUUAUGACCACGUCAUCCUCGCCGCGCCCUACGCACAAUCCAACAUCUCCAUCCUCCCCCCACCACCCGAGGGUGCGAUUCCCGAGAUCGAGUAUGUCAGGUUACACGUCACACUGGUCGCCACGACCGCCUCAGCCCUUGAUCCCGCCUUUUUCGGGAUGGAUGAGAAAGCGGAGAUGCCGACGAUGUUACUCACCACCACCGGAGAAAAUGGGUCGGAGCCGGGAUUUAACUCCAUCUCUGUAGUCCGCUCCCUGCUCUCCCGCAAUCUCCACGUUUGGAAAAUCUUCUCGCCCUCCCCUCCCUCCCACGACUUCCUCUCCUCCAUCUUCGGCACGUCCGCCCAAUUUCCCUGGAUUUACCGGAAAGAGUUCGACGCGUACCCUAAGUUACGCCCGAGGGUGGAGUUUGCGAGGAUCGAGUUGGUGGAGGGGGAGGGGAUGUGGUUUACGAAUGGGAUGGAGGGAUUUGUUAGUACGAUGGAGACAGAGGCUUUGAUGGGGAUGAAUGUGGCGGGGUUGGUUAUGCGGAGGGAGGAGAAUAUGAGGAAGGGGAAGGAGGUGUAA